AUAUGUCGAUAAACAUUGGUAGUCGAACGAUAACGAUACAAAAUACAUUAUUUUCGUGUCUACAUAAAAGCCAUACCGUGGCUACGUCGAGAUUGGAAUACGUCAAGCUAAGCUCUUUAAGAUAAGAAACGGCCGAUUGCGAGAAUGAAUCAGUAAAUCGAAAGCCGUAGGUGGGAUUCACGAUUGCCGAGCAGCUACAAAACGGUUAGUCGGAAAUAAAAAAGGAAAGGAUACACAUAGUCUGAAGAGUUUAGAAGCUCAUCACAUUUCCUUCACUCGAACACAGUUCAAGAUGGCGGCAGUGACACAUUCGUGGGCCUGUCAAAUUGGCUUGGGAUACGCCUAAAUUUCAGCAUUUAACCAUUCCUUCUAUAGACAGCACAUUACUAUGAGUUCCGUGUAAGCGGGUGACCCAAACGCCGGGACCAGAAUCGGGCCUAGGAGAAACAUGGAGGCGAUAGUAGAAUACCACUACUUAGCACAACAGCCCGAUGAACUAACAAUCCGUAAAGGCGAUAUCAUAAAAGAGAUCAAAGAGAUGCCUGGUGGUUGGUGGGAAGGCACCCUAAGGGACAAGCGUGGCAUGUUCCCCGACAAUUUUGUCAAGGUAUUGGAACAUUCUUUGGGUAGUGGUGGUGGUGGUGGAGGAGGUAGCGGUGGAGGUGAAGGCACAACCAGUGGAAGGAGUGAAGAUGUCACACUGAGAAAUGGAUCGGGCAGAAAGUGGUGUAAAGUUCUCUUCAGUUACGAUCCUUGUAACGAAGAUGAAUUAACUCUAAUACCUCAAGACUCAAUAGAGUAUUUGGGAGAGGUUGAAGAAGGAUGGUGGAAAGGUCGACUUAGAGGUAGAAUUGGUGUGUUCCCUUCAAAUUUUGUCUCUCCUCCAACUUUCGAAGAAGCAGACCAAAGGAAAGAAAGAGAUAAAAGAGAACUAUGCAGAGUUCUUUUUCCUUACGAAGCAGCUAAUGAUGAUGAGCUAACUCUCGUCGAAAACGAAGUGAUUACCAUUAUUUCUAAAGAUGCACCUGACAAGGGAUGGUGGAAAGGUGAGCUCAGAGGACAAGUGGGGCUCUUCCCUGACAAUUUUGUCGAAAUAUUGGAUCCAAUAACAGAUCACCACUAUCAGGAUCAGGACUCACGUCAUGACUCGAGUCAUGGUAGCACAAAAUCUAACAGCAAACAUUCCCUCGUUGGGAAAAGGAGCGAAAAGGCUCACGUGAGAAAAAGUCUUGAUGCACGAAACUCUCACAGCGAAGCUACGAAGAAGGCAACAUCCACCUCGUCAUCCUCAUCACUCUCAUCCUUAUCAGGAAUGAUGAGUAUAGUUAUUGGUGCCAACGGUGAUAAAAAAUGCGUCAGUAACCGGCCGCUCCUGUCUACCUUGAAGCGAUUCGUAGGUGACGGAAGUAGCAAUGCAGGUUUGGGUGAAGAACUAGACGGGGUAGAACGUGGUGAGGGUGCACCGCUUUCGCACUUAACGGCUUCACGGGCCAAGGCACCGCGUCGUCGGCCACCAUCCACGCAACACCUUCGCCAUCACACUACCGGCUCCUCGGUUACCACCACAUCCACUUCUGUUUCGAUCAACGUAGCAUCUGCCAUCAUGGAGGAUAGCUUGUCGAACGGGAACGUCGAAAAUGUUCUGGACCAACUUCGGGAAGAGGACACCGACAGUCCAACAGGAAAAACUAGAAAAAAGGCACCUUGGGUAGAAGAGUUGAAGAUGAGUCAACUGGAGAAAAGAAAAUCUGCCUCGACCGAUAGAAUUGAAAAAACCGAAGUUAAAAAAGAGAGAAAUUACUCUAAGGUUGUGACGACAAGUAUGACGGAUUCUGUAAUAAAGCAAGAGACAGAAGGAGAGGAAAUUAGACCAAGGGAGAAAGAAAGAGGACAACGAAUAGAUUCUACGUGGACUGACCAUCCUAUUGCAUCGCCUUCUACGCCAGGACCUCCUGUCUACGUUCCAUAUCACCUUUACAGCCAAUUAUUGGAGAGGGUCGCUGCCCUCGAGGAAAAUCAAGCGAUGCUACAACGAACGGUCAGCCAAUUGUCGGAACAGUUGGUCCCUCUGCUGGCGAAUACCUUGACGACUAACAAGACUUUGGUUGCGUUUGCGAUUCGGAAGAACCUCGCAGAUGUAAGGUAAGAUCGCAGGACACGGCUUUCCAAAACGGCAGUUCGUUCUUCGUCCGGACCAGAAUGCCGCAGCCUCUUGAACAAGCGGGUUCUCACUCGCCCUACGCGCGAUAAUCGAAGCAGGAGAGUUAUUGGUCCAACAGUGAAAUGAAUAUUUAAAUAGAAAUUAUAAUUAUUGAAAAGAAAAAGAAGGAUAAGUCUACUUUGGCACUUUAUUUCCUCAUUAUGCACUUACCGUUCUCGUUCUUAAAAUUCAAAACUUUUGGGUCUCCUCGAAAUAUGCAAACAAUCCAAUGCUCGGUACACAAAAGUUCCUGCGACUUUUACAGUGUUAAAAUUAUGAAAGGGUGGCUAUGAGUUGCACUUGGCUUACGUUCUCAAAUUCACUGACAGCACUGUGCUUAUGGUUGCGUCUUCCUCAAUUGCACGCAGCUAAACAGAGACGUCACGAUACUCGUAUAGUUACCGGAUCAAUAUCGAAGUAUCGAUAUUUGAGAUCGAUUCAAACCAAACACCAUAAGGAUUGAUGUACCUGAAAAUCUAACAAUACAAGAUCCAUCUAUGAACAAUUUUUUUUGUAUGAAAGAAAUAUUGUAAAAAUGAAUAUAAAAAUCUUUUUAGUAUAGUACACUUUUUUAUAUGAGUGCAAUAACGUGUUUUCAUAUUGCACGUUACGCAGUACACAAGACACUACCACGUGGUCACGUGAAAAAUGAUGGAAUUUAACAAUUACAAAUUUAGGGUAUAUUCCGUGAUUGAAGCAGGAAUGCGGCUAUUAUAUUUCAGCCUAUUGAAGCGAGUUUACGUAGGUAAGAGAAUUUCAAAAAUCAAUCUAGAAGGGUUAAUCUUACCGAUUAAUCAAUUUUCGAAGAUAUAUAUUUCGAUAGAUCGGUCGUGAAAGGUAAGAUAAUCGAUUCUCGAAAUAAUUAAUAUUAAUCAGGCAUUUCUUAAUCGUAGUACUUGCAUUGAAUUUCAGAACGUAUCCUUUGUAUACGCGUUGGGCCCGGAAACAGCGAUGAACGCGGCUAGAGUAAGUAUAGGCUAUAGUAUGAUAGUACGAGAAGCUAGAGUCGUCAGCCAGUGACGUAAAAUUAUGUAUGUCGGGACGGCCGAGAACGAAAGAAUUCGCAUAGUCGGAUCAUUCCUUUGUGAAUAGUCUGUAGUAAUAUAUAUUGACGAUUCAUUUUUUAUAAA